UCUGUCAAAUUAGUGACCGACGCAACCGAAGCAGAGGAGGCCCUUCCGACACCUGUUUCCCGGAUCAUAAGCAGUUCGUCUUCUGUGAAUUAAACCUAAUUGAACAACAAAACUCGACAAAUUACCAAGAAUUCAUCCAAUUGCUGAAUAACAACAUCCUAGUUCAACACGCUUACCUUUCCAAUUUGCAUUAAGGAGAAGAAAUAGGCCUAGUAUUUUCAUUCGAACUUUUGGCGUUUAUCGAUAUUGCAGAUUGGGUAGGCUACUUUAGAUCUACUAAGACCUAGUAAUGUUCAUCGGAACCACAUCCUGUUAGUUUUGCUGUUUAUCAAUUGCAUGGGACACACUAUACGGAUUAUUAUGCUUCCUUGGUCUCUGGGAUCGUCAUUAUACACAUUAGUCAGUGCUAAUAUCAGGUACAGAUCUCCUUGAUAGUUUUGUUGAAUCUUAUAGAGUACAGAUAGAUUUUUUUUCAGUUUCUAUAAAUACAUCUACUCCCGAGAACAACACGCGUAUGACGGCGACGUCUUUGUUCGUUUUGUGUAAGCACUCCUGAUGAUGUCUUUCUUAAACUUCGUGAUUGCAGUUGUGAUUUGUAUCAUCUUCCCGUCUUAUAAAGUUGAUACGGUCCCUAUUGAAGGCGGCAUACAUUGUCCUGACAACCGUACUUUCGAAAAUGGAUGGGUCCGGUACGAACUUCCCGGUGCGUUUUACAGUCAGCGUCAACUUGUACCAGGCACUGGAAAAACUUUUGGUUGUAGGUCUGGAUUCUCGUUAGUCGGAAACAGAACCAUCGUCUGCGGUACAAACGGGAAAUGGACCACUAGAGACCCUGUUUGUGUGGCAGAUUCGUGUUGGCCAUUGUAUGAAGAUCUAAACAACUAUGAGAUUACUGUAUACUCCCAGGAUUUGAUGGAAGAUAAGAAAUACGAACAUGGCACAGUAGCGCAUACUUAUUGCAAGUUCAGCUACGCGUUAACGCACGGUGAUGGCUCUACUGAGUGCGUUGCUGGAGAUUGGCUGCCGUACAUACCCUUCUGUAAACCGUAUAACACAUCGAUGUACAUAACAACUCCAGCCCCAGCAGGUGGAUGUCAGACGCCGUUCAUUUGGUCCGGAAGCCUUCUUGGUAACCAUGGAGAUAUUGUCCCCACUGGUACAUUUGUUGAAUACGAAUGUAUGCAAUUCGCAGAGAAAACGGAAGAGGGCGAUAUUCGUUGUUUGGAUGGAGAAUGGUAUCCAUCGGAGCCCGGUUGUAGAGAAAAAUCGUGCACCUAUCCCGCUCUUACGAUGGGCUUAUAUAUACUUGAUCGAGUCGAAGAUGAUUUUGUUCUACACGGUUCAUUAAUUAAAUUCGGGUGCUAUGCCGAUUGGGAGAUGAAAGGCGAAGCGUCCGGUAUCUGUUGGUAUGGACAGUGGAACAUUAAUACACCACAAUGUGUGUCAGACACAAGUGAAUACUCGGAGUGUGGCUUAGCAGGUGACACUAGUGUGCAAGGCUUGACCGGUAGAAUAAUCGGUGGGUUCGAUGCAAACCAAGGAGCCUGGCCUUGGCAAGCUGGAAUAUACUGGAUGGAUGGAAGAAACAAGUGGCACUUUUUCUGUGGUGGUAGUUUAAUUGAUAAUAGAUGGGUAAUGUCAGCUGGUCAUUGUUUCGGUUACGACGAGGACAUCACCAAGAUACAAGUUCGAUUAGGUACAACGGACCGAACAGGUGACAGAGGCACGGAUAGAGAACAAGUUUUGCUGAUCGAUGCGCUUUAUCUACCAAAGCAACACGAUUUCCGUGGUUUCGACUACGAUAUCGCUUUACUACACCUUGACCGAAGUGUCGCACUAAACCAGUACGUUCACACAAUUUGCCUCCCACCAGAACCAGAAUCAAGCAACCCAGAUGGAUUGGUUGAAGUUGGUGUUUCAGCAACUGUAGUUGGAUGGGGGCACUUCACACCGGUACACUGGAACAGCAGUGAGAUGACCAGUUACAAAAACGACCUUCAGCAGCUGACCAUACCUAUUCGACCGCGAAAGGUGUGCAUAAAUAGCUUGAAGCAAGUCGGCGAAGAUGUAUCCCAGUUCACCAACACCAUGUUUUGCGCAGGUUUUAACAAAAAAGCAAAGGACACAUGUUUCGGUGACUCGGGUGGCCCGCUUAUGCGCAAUGUUAUGCAUAAUGGUAAGCGGCGCUGGGUACAAGUGGGGAUAGUAAGCGCGGGAAAAGGGUGCGCCAUUUCAGGCCAAUACGCGUACUAUGCACACAUUCCAAAACUGUUACCUUGGAUAGGGCAAGUGAUGACCAACUAUAAACCUACAAACGGAAACGCUCUGAUACAAGUAUAACUCAUGCUUUUGUUGAACUAUGCACAGCCAUAGGCAUAAUUAUUAUUAUUGUAGGCAUAAUAAUGAUUUUAUCUUUAUUAAAUUUGUUUUCCCUUAUAGUUAUUAUUAGGCCUAUCUGUUAUGUAAAAUCCAAUGUGAUUCUUCCUUUCACCUAACGACACUAUACUCAGAGAUAUUUCAGUUUUCAUUAAAAAAAAUAUUAAAGUAGGCUUAUU